AUGAAGUCGGCUAACAUCCUUUUGGAUGCAAAUUACACUGCAAAAGUAUCAGAUUUUGGAGCAUCAAGGUUGAUUCCAAUGGAUCGAACCCAAGUAACCACACUGGUACAAGGCACAGUAAGAUAUUUGGAUCGCGAGUACUUCUUUACCAGCCAAUUGACCGCGAAAAGUGAUGUCUACAGUUUUGGUGUGGUUCUUGUUGAGCUUUUAACAGGAAAAAUACCAGUAUGUCUUGAGAGAUCUCCAGGACAAAGAAAUCUUACAGGUUAUUUUAUGUCAUUAUUGGAAGAUAGAAGAUUGUUCGAUCUUCUUGAUGCUCGAGUUUUGAACGAGGGAAAGGAAGAUCAAAUUCUUAUAGUUGCAAGGCUUGCAGAAAGAUGUCUAAACAUCAAAUUCCGUACUUGA